GGAACAACGAGAUCGCAGAUAUUGAAGAUGGAGCCUUUUGGGGCGCCUAUAUGUUGAAUGACUUACUCAUCACUGAAAAUAAAUUAAGACAAAUCAGGCCUAAAAUGUUUGCCGGACUAAAGAAUAUGACUAAUCUAAUGCUACGAACCAAUCAAAUCACUUGUAUUACAAAUGACUCCUUUAGUGAUUUGGAUUCAUUAAGACUACUUUCACUGUAUGAUAAUAAGAUCCGGUGCAUAAUGCCCGGUGCCUUCGACAAAAUGAAGGCAUUAUCUACACUAAACCUGCUGUCAAACCCACUCAACUGCAACUGCCAUAUGCGAUGGCUGUCCAAUUGGCUCAAGAACCACAAUAUAGUGACAGGUAACCCGAGAUGUCAGUCACCGGUUGACUUGAAGGACAUUCCCAUCGAAGAUAUCGAGCAAAAGGACUUCAAAUGCGAUGAUAUUGAGCGCGAUUAUAGCGACUGCGGACCCGACUCCCAGUGCCCGACCCGAUGCAUAUGCACUGGAACUGUGGUCCGGUGUUCGCGACAAAAACUCAGAGCAGUUCCCCGGUAUGUGCAGCCCAUCACCACCGAGCUAUACCUGGAUGUGAACGACAUCGCGACCAUUCCUCGGGAAGUAAAUCAACUGCGAGACCUGACCCGACUUGACCUCAGCAACAACCAGAUCGCUCUACUCGAGGACAACAUAUUCGCCAAUCUAUCGGAACUUCAAACUCUCAUUCUAUCCUAUAAUAAGCUGCAAUGCAUUCAAUCGCAUGCUUUCCGAGGGCUUCGCAAACUACGGGUUCUCUCCCUUCACGGCAAUGACAUCUCAAUGAUUCCCGAGGGCUCCUUCAUAGACCUCGUGUCCAUAUCACACAUAGCUAUGGGUGCGAACCCACUCUACUGUGACUGCAACCUCCGAUGGCUGGCGCAGUGGAUCCAAAAAGACUUUGUCGAGGGAGGUAUCGCCAGAUGUCAUGAACCACGAUCUAUGAGAGAUAAACUAAUAAUGUCUGCGCCGCCCAACCACUUUAUUUGCACUGAAGAUCCUGAUCCCCAAGUGCUGGCUAAAUGUGACUCCUGCUACUCAUUCCCGUGUGCUAACGGUGCCACAUGCAAAUCAAUGCCAUUACGCGACUACCAGUGCAAUUGCGCUCCAGGAUAUCAUGGGUUGCACUGCGAGUAUAAGAUCGACGCCUGUUUCGGUAAUCCAUGUGAUAAUGAGGGCACCUGUAAAGUGAUGGAAGCCGGCAGAUUUAGUUGUCAUUGUCCUCCCGGCUUUGAUGGCGACAGAUGUGAGACCAAUAUAAACGAUUGUUUGGCCAAUAAAUGCGAGAACAACGGCACGUGUAUCGACCAAAUCGAGUCCUAUCGGUGUCACUGUUUGGCCGGUUUUGGCGGAGAGUAUUGCGAAACAAAGAUCCAGUUUUGCCAUAAAGAGUACAACCCGUGUAAAAAUGGUGCUCAAUGUGUGGAUCAUCGGACACACUAUCAAUGCAUUUGUGGCAAAGGAUUCAGUGGACACAACUGUACGGACAAUGACGACGACUGUGCGGACAAUCUGUGCCAAAACGGCGCCACUUGUGUCGAUGGGCUCAACAGCUACCGGUGUGAGUGUCCGCUGGGCUUCGCCGGCAAGUUCUGUGAGUUGGCCCCAAUGGUAGAGCUCUACCCUCAGACCAGUCCCUGUCAACAACACGACUGCAAACACGGCGCCUGUUUCAUGCCGUCAGGUUCCUCAGACUACAUCUGCAAAUGCAGUCCGGGCUAUACCGGCAAACGUUGUGAAAUGUUGGCCUCCAUUUCCUUCCGGGAGGGCUCGUACCUUGAAUUGGAACCAUUGAAGACAAUACCUGACGUCAAUCUGACCCUUAAGUUUGUCACCAAAAAGGAGUCGGGAGUUGUGCUGUAUUGGGGCGAUGGCCAGCACUUGGCAGUCGAGCUGUUCAGGGGUCGCAUCCGAAUCAGUCUGGAUGUCGGCAAUUAUCCCGUCUCCACGAUGUUCUCCUACGAGACUGUCAGCGAUGGCCGCUAUCAUGAACUCGAGUUCGUACUCUUCAAGAAGAACUUCACGAUGAGAGUAGACGGCGGACAGCACCGCACUAUUGUCAACGAGGGCUCCAAAGACUACUUGGAGUCCAAGUCAUCCCUUUUCAUCGGAGGAAUGCCCGACAAAGUGGCCCAAAAUGCCAUCAAGAAUUGGCACAUUUGGAACUCGUCCAGCCUAGAGGGGUGUAUGCGUGAGAUCUACAUCAACGGCAACCCGCCUGACCUGAACAGCGCCCGGCGCCAGCAUUUGGUACAACCGGGUUGUGUGGAGUUCGAUGACAUCAAUAAGCCAUGUCUUAAUCAUUUGUGCCAAAACGGCAAAUGUGUGCCAACUAGUGAUCUGCAGACAUAUGAAUGCAAGUGCAACAGUGGAUGGAGUGGACCUUUUUGUGAUCAGGCCCCCACCUGUCAGAAGGAAAUGAAACGCGACUUCUAUUACGAAGACAGUUGUCGGUCAACCAAAAAGUUAAAGCUUUCAGAAUGUGUGGGCAGUUGUGGUGACAACUGCUGUAAGCCGUUGAAGAGUAAGCGCCGGUCGGUGCGGAUGGCAUGCAGUGAUGGGUCAAAGUUCACUAAAGAGAUUGAAAUGGUCCGCAAGUGUGGCUGCAGUCGCAAGUGUUAGGGGUUAGGGUGUUAUGGUGUUGGACACCAACAUUGAUUCUUUCAAAGCUUACUAAUCUGAUGCCAAACUAUUAAUACGAUUCAUAUAUAAUAUAUACAUUUGUAAUGAUUGAUGCCGUAUAACGACUACAGUAUAACCACUAAUCACAAUACCAUACAAUGAAUGAUGAAUUGUUUCAUUUGAUGAAUACCUCAUUGAAAGGCCGCACAACUCAACUCAGAAGUGAACACUCUUCAGCGAUGCACUGUUCAUAACGUAUCGAUUGCUGAUUACUGCCAUAAUUGCAAUCAUUGUAUUGUUUCACAUAAAGUCAUUAUUUUGAUUACUGAGUACUAACUCAAUGACAACUCAAUUCAAUGAACACUCAAACUGAACACAAAUUUCAUGGAAUCUCAGAUCACAUUCACAUUCUCUGCAACUAAUGAGUGAAUUGAGGAAAUGUUGGAAUAAAGUCACUAAAAGACAUGUUUUCUCUACAAACACAACAGCUCUACAGCUCUACAGCUCCAC